CAACGACCGCACUCAUUGUUCCUACCGCCCUCCAUCCUGACAAUACCUCUUCGUAUCACCCGAGUCCGCGUCUUGAAACAUCAUGGCUCUUGACAACUUUUAUCACAACAAAAUCGAAUCACUCAAGCUUGAAAUCAUCCAAGGUCAAGCCGUCCUCCGAAGACUAGAAGCUCAGCGAAAUGACUACAACUCAAGAGUACGGCUAUUACGAGAAGAGCUGGGGCUUCUUCAACAGCCAGGAUCAUAUGUCGGAGAGGUCGUGAAAGUAAUGGGCACCAAAAAAGUACUGGUCAAAGUACAUCCAGAAGGCAAAUAUGUCGUCGACAUCGCAGACAAUGUCGAUAUCUCCAAGCUGACGGUCGGAAAACGUGUUUCCUUGCUCUCGGAUUCCUACAAGCUCGAGAAAAUGCUCCCCUCAUCGGUCGAUCCUCUAGUGUCGCUCAUGAUGGUCGAGAAAGUGCCGGACAGUACAUAUGACAUGAUCGGUGGACUGGAUCAACAGAUCAAGGAAAUCAAAGAGGUCAUCGAGCUUGGUUUAAACCAUCCAGAACUAUUCGAAUCCUUAGGUAUCGCCCAACCGAAAGGUGUUCUACUCUACGGUCCUCCUGGAACCGGAAAGACCCUCCUGGCUCGUGCUGUGGCGCAUCACUCCAAUUGCAAAUUCAUCAGAGUAUCUGGGUCCGAGUUGGUGCAGAAAUAUAUCGGCGAAGGCAGUCGAAUGGUCCGAGAACUUUUCGUCAUGGCAAGAGAACAGGCCCCUAGCAUCAUAUUCAUGGACGAAAUCGACAGUAUAGGUUCCAGCCGUGUUGAGGGAAGCAGUGGAGGUGAUUCAGAAGUACAGAGAACCAUGUUGGAAUUGCUGAAUCAGCUGGAUGGUUUCGAGCCUACCAAAAACAUCAAAGUUAUCAUGGCCACUAACCGACUGGAUAUUCUAGAUCCUGCAUUACUCCGGCCUGGUCGCAUCGACCGAAAGAUCGAAUUCCCCCCGCCAACGGUCGAAGCCAGAGCCGAUAUUUUGAGAAUCCACUCAAGAAGCAUGAACUUGACCAGAGGGAUCGACUUGAAGAAGAUUGCAGAGAAGAUGAAUGGAUGUUCAGGCGCUGAACUCAAGGGUGUCUGCACAGAAGCAGGCAUGUUCGCCUUGCGAGAACGAAGGAUUCAUGUCACCCAGGAAGAUUUCGAUCUUGCCACGGCCAAAGUACUCAACAAGCACGACGACAAGGAAGUCUCGCUGGGCAAACUGUGGAAGUAGAUGGUUUCUCAUAUCCAUCUUCUCGUCAUUCAUGUUUCUGCAUAGCGACAAAAUGUAAUGUUAUCAAACUUGGGGUCGGGCAAGGAUAGAAGUCCUUCUGGUUUCAAGAUGGCAGGCAUACCCGGCGUCAAAGUGAUACAACAUAUCCGAAUGUUGAAGAUGCGCCGUUUACAGGAUAGCCUUUUCACUCCUCUAGGGACGAGGCCUUGGUAGACACAACACGACUUGUUCAAAGUUCAAAAGAGCUCCCUGUUGUCGUUGAUGUAAUGUUG